AGUUGCAGCUGCAAAGUAAUAUUGUUAAUUUUUAUAUUGCACUCAGUCGCUUAAGCCCAUUCGGUAAUACGAAGUGAUACCGUAGAACAAAAUCCCGUUUUUUUAUCGCAGUGAACGGCUCGUUGCCGAAAACAUCAAUAAUCGAAUGCGAUCGUAACCACACCAUGCGAGAAAUUGCAGCAUGUUUUGUUUGUAUUCUAAUCCACCAGUGUUCUGGUUUCGCUGAACAAGCGAUCAAGUUUGAAACCGACUGCAAUGCACCGACUGUGUCCACCGCGGAAGUACAGACCGCCCCGCCCAUUAAUUCCUUCCGAACGGACACUCUCACGGCCGAUGAAUGCCGUAUAUACGCGGAGAUGUCCUGUGGCGAUGGGAAGCACGACUACUGCCUCAUGCAUUACGCCCCUGACAGUGGUUUGAAUCCGCUAAGAAAUACAUAUUUCGAGAUGAACUGUUGGGAGGGCGGAACGCGGAAUGCCAUCGCGCAGUACGCUAGAAACGUCAGUGUAACCAGUCCCAACAGAGCCAUUAAGCUAGAGGUAGCAGAACGCAAUGACCCCGAAGACCCUGUGCAUCAUGACGCUAUCGAUCCCAUCCGUACGCAGAUCAUCGAUCUAAAAGUACAACGCUGCGCAACCGCCCAUAUUACCGCCAAGAUUUUCGAUGCCGGCGAUAUGCCAAAUCUGGUCACACUGCAACUGUCGCAAGGAAGAGAUUUGGUGGUCACCAGACGAGACUUCUCUCGAUUGCCUAACGUCAGAAUGAUUAUCUUUGGCGAUACCACUUUUCAUGAGCUGGAGCCGUACACGUUUACGGAUAUUGCCCACUUGGAAAGCUUAAUGCUCGAGGAUAUGAUAGCUUAUACUUUGUAACGUUUGUCAAAACAUGAGCAGUUUUGGGAGCGCGGAUCACUGCGAGAAAAAGAUAUGGACAAAGUCAAGAAACUUCGUUGCGAUUGUUCAUUUGCCUGGUUCCGCAACUUUCUUAAGCGGAAGCCGCACUUAAUUCAGGCAAAAAGGGAGGGAGAAGUGGCAAUCAUCGGCAAUUAUCUCAGCGAAUACGCAAACGCCGGUAUGUGGAAGGGAUCUUUGAGUGUCGACUGCAGCAGAGCAUUAGACUACAACAACACCGACACCGAGAAUAAAGAGUAUUCGUACAAUACUUCUUGUUAUAAUUUGGCGUGUUAGAGCUCAAGACUUGGUUUGGAUGUUAAUUCACGUCUGCUAUCCGUGUUCGUAGCAAAAUGGAGAGGGUGUAUUGUGAAGUAUUCGUCAGUUACGGCGGAUACAUCAAAAAUAUUGAAAUAUUUUCUAACAAAAUGGAUAGUAAAGUGCAAGUUUUGUAGACUAAUAAGCGACGCCUUCCAGAAUAUGCCAAGUGGUGCAUGGCGUGCACUUCUGAGCAA